GUGUGUCCUCAGUCUGCACUCAUCUCUCCUCCACCCGACAUCCCAUCCCAGCUGCAGAGCGGAGGCUGGCACCGGCAGAGGAACGACCCUUUUGUGCUUCACCGACCGACGCGCAUCCUUCUGAGAGGAACCACCAUCACACAUCCAGGGGAAAACACAUACGUGAAGCACAAUGGGACCAUUCCAAGAAUAUGAGGAAAAGAAGUCUUCGGAGAAAGGAAGCCCCCGCAGCCGCAUCCCACGUUUGGUCCUGCAUCCAUUUCGACCAAAGGACAAAGGCUCGCCUCUGUCUGAUUCACCUUUUUCAGAGGAGGAGGGAAAAGAGUGUGACAUGAGCUCGGACCAUUCCAAAAGAACCAUCAGCACAAACAGUUUCUGCUCUGAUGACACCGGCUGCCCCACUAGUCAGUCUGUGUCCCCCUCCAAAACCCCGUCAGGCUCAGAGCAGAGUGCCAACGGCUCGCCGAUACUCCCCGAGCGCAAGACCAAAGUGAAGAGGGUGAGGGUGAUGGCCGAGUGGAGCGGUGAACCACGGAGCACCCAGAGGCACAAGAGGGAGCUGAGGUCGGCCUUGAAAGCCAGAGGUAGUGAGGCAGACUUCAGCUCCUCCAGCAGCACGGGCAGCCUGAAGACCAAGGGGGGCCUCUCUUUCAGCUCAGCUGGAAAGAAAACUCCUUCACGCAGUCGUGGCGCCCACAUCAGACCACUCCCAGUGUUUAAACCAGCUGGGAUGCCUACAGCCAACCGCGAUGCAGAGCUCUACGCUCCAUACAGGACUCCUCCCAGAGCUGCCUCAUCAACUAACAGCAGCAGCUGCAACUCCAGCCCCACCUCCAGAAGAGCUGCACUGGGCCGCUACCAUUCCUGUGGAGACAACCAUGGCAUCAAACCCCCGAACCCCGAGCAGUAUCUCACCCCUCUACAGCAGAAAGAAGUGGCCAUCAGACACCUGAAGACCAAACUGUUGGAGUCUGAGAACAGAGUCCAUGACAGAGAGACAGAGAUUGAGGAGCUUAAGGCCCAGCUUGGCAGAAUGAGGGAAGACUGGAUUGAAGAGGAGUGUCACCGGGUGGAGGCUCAACUGUCCCUCAAGGAGGCUCGUAAAGAGAUCAAGCAGCUGCGUCAGGUGGUGGAAACGAUGAAGAGCAGCCUAAUGGAGAAGGAUAAGGGAAUACAGAAGUAUUUCAUUGACAUCAACAUCCAAAACAGGAAGUUGGAGUCCCUGCUGCAAAGCAUGGAGCUUGCCCAGAGUGGUGCCAACCUCCAAGACGAAAACACCUUGGACUACAUCUGUGACAGUCCCGAUGGUGGUGGGAAGAAGAUGGUUGGGGAUGAAGAGGGAGGGAUUGAGCUGGAAGAACAAGGGGCAGAGGCGAUGGCGGACAGCGGGCUGCUGGUCAACGAUGAGAUGGCCAACAGAGCUGACAUUUUGGAGCAGGUCUUCAUGUCUACUGUGGUGGAUUUCAGUCAGGACUCCAGUGGUAAGCUGAGAGCAGGGACAGAGUUGGGGCCAGGGGUGUCUACACUGUCAGAAGAGGGACAGUUGAUUGAUGAAUCUACUAAACCCCCACAAGAUCCACCAAAUGCAGUUUCCACCACCAUCACCAUCUCUCCAAGCACACGUUCCCAGCAGAAUGCAGAAGAUAAAGAAAUCCAGACCGACAUAAUGCCCAUAUCUCCAGACCUGCAGGCUCUGUUCCUCCAGCUGCUAAAGUUCCAUGGAACAACAGUGGGCGACACCGUUCUGUCAGCCUCUGACCAUGUCCAGAGGCUGACAGACCUACCCACCGCCACUUCCACCGCUGCCAUUCUCCCCGAUUCGACACCUCCCUCACCCAUCAUGCCCAUUCCUGCUCCCCCAGAGAGCCCCGACUCUCUCACAGAUUCUGGCAUGUGCUGCUUGGAACCUGCCGAGAGCCGACGAUUCAUGGAGGAGCUGGACUUUGCCAUCGGUGAGGAGGAACCUUGUCUGUCACCGAGAAUGGAUGUGGUCGACAAGCGUUACUGGAGCAACAGCUUCCUGGUGGAUCUGGUCGCAGUUGCAGCCCCCGUGCUACCCACUGUAGCCUGGCUGUACUCACGACACGGUGUGGACGGAAGCUUUCCGGUGUACAACAUUGCUGCUCUCAUCAGGGGUUGUUGUGUCAUGGGAUUGCACUCUCUUCGUCACGUCACUCACAGGCCAGAUGUGUAAAGGCUUCCACCCUGCAUGCACACGCCUAACCUUGAACUAAAAGCACUUAAGCAUCUUUUCAAGAGUAUUUGUGAGAUUUGUUUCUUUUUUUUUGGUAACACUCGAUGAUAUUAAUGCAUUUAUUUUGGUUCCAACACUGUUACUUUGCACUGUGCAGUUGCCAUGAUUUAGAGCAAAAUGGUGACUUGAAGGAUUAUUUUUAACAGGGGUUAUUUAUAUAUUUAUUUAUAUCAUUUAUGUGUAUAAGCUGAUCAUCUGGGUAGAUGGUCAUGUGUUAUCAUUGUCCAGUGGUGUCCCUAGUCGUCCUUGUGUUUGGAGAAGGGGGGGAAAAAAAAGUUCUUUAUGUUGGGAUAAGAUUUUUUUUUUCGAGGUGAAAGAUUUAAUGUUAGUUUCUGUUUGACGGGUUCUGAAAAUUCAAGUUUUUUUUUUUUUGUUUGUUCGAAAAGAAACCUUAAACCUUCAGCCAAAGCUUUCAUGUGAGUUCAUUGUUAUUGUUUUGUGAAGAAGUGUGUGUAUAUAUAUUUUUUUUGUUUGUUCCCCAGGAGUAGAGCUUUAUUCGGUACAGCCUGUGUAUUGUUCAUAGAGAUAAGUUGACGCUUCAAAGCAAUUGACACUUGUAAUGUGCCUGAGCUAUGUGCAAUACUGGUGGUUUACAUCAAAUGUCCUUGUAUCUUUAUUAUUAAAGCAUGAUAAAUUCUGGCCA